AUGUUCAUUAUCGAAAUUACUGCUUCGUCCCGUACAGAACAAGAAGGACAGGGCUACGGAAAUGACGUGACAUUACUCGUUGGAGAACUUUGCAAAAAGACAAGGGAAAAGAGAACAAAUGCUUCAGGAGAAAGGCAGAAAAAGAAAAAGAAAAGACAAAAAGAAAAGAAAAAGAAAAGAGAGCAUCUCAAGAUUCAAGCGAGUACGGUUGGACCCCUCCCUACUGCCACCAGCCACUGUAGAUUCCUUCGUUCGGUUACAACCAACGUUGUUAACCCUGGCAUGACUGUCAAUUUCACCACGAUCUCGUGGCGAGAACACUCCUCGGCCGCAAGCUUAAUCCAGCUACUUGAAGUCAUUUAG